CCCGAUCGGUUUACCGGCUACCAUACCGAGAAAUCCGGCCGGCUAUUUAGAGUUAAGUUGCGGCGUCCGCUAGACGCACAGACCACACAUACCAGGAUCGAUCGAUCGAUGGGAUCUUUGUUCUCUUCCCCUGCCACAGCCGCCGGCGGCGAGUAUGAUUACAGCCGCCCUCUCCCGGAAACACAUCGCCCGGCCUAUGUCAAAAGAGGCGCUGGCUGCCAUUCAACGAUACGUCGAUGAUAGAUCCAGCAGUGGUCUUCCCCGCUACACACGAGAAGAGAUCGUCGCCAGCCGUAUUCGUACGCUUGUACACCGUGCAAUCAAACAUUACAACUCCAACAACAACAAGGGCGCCGAGUUUGAGUAUCCUGACCAGUCGACCACAGAGAUGAAGGCUGCCUGCGUUGGUUUCAGGGGAACUUUCUGGUACCACCUCGCCUUCUCAGCUCGCCGCCUGAGGGAUGCCACCGAGAGGCAUCAGUUCUUUGCUGAGCUAUAUUUUGACAGACACUCCCACCAACUAGCCGUUGAAACAUGCAUCAUCUUAGAAAAGCCGUUGUGCCAAUUUAGCAGCAGGUGUGCAUUUUGCCCAGCCGAAUCCAAUAUUUUGCACCCAAGCAACGCAGAAUUUGUGUGUGGCAAGGAAGGGCACCAAAAAGAAUUCUUCCAUGUGAGAGAUAUGCUAGUGCGGCCAUUCAAUAGUUGUGCGGAGCUCUUAUAUAGAUCAGACAUUCAAUGGUUUUGUGUUCUGCUCAAGAAGACGCUACGACGGUGGCUUCUUGAAGAUGGAAUAAGGUUCGCCCGGUCUAGCCCCCGUUCCAUGGUGUUUCUAGCAUCGUCGGACGACUUGUGGAGGUGUGUCUCCGACGGAUCUUGCGGGAUUCGUCGGUGGUGGUCUUUGCUUGAUUCACUCCAAUCCGGUCUUGUUCGUCUUUGUUCAUGUGUCUUCAGAUUGGAUCCUUUCGAUCUAAACUUCUCUUCAUCGACGGCGGUUGUUGUUCUCGUGUGUUGGUCCUAUGGGGCCUUAGCACGAUGACUUUCCGACUGUCUACUACAACAAGUUGUGUCCGGCUCCGACGAGGGAGGGUAGAUAGCGGUGACGCUCCUUCGGCUCCCUUCGGUGCUUGUAGUCUUCGCUAGGUGUUCUAUGAAUCUGGAUGUAAUUUUUAUUAUUUCUGGUGUUUGUUAUACUACCAUCAUUACAAAUAAAUAGAUCGACAGUUUCCUGC